UAAAAUCUCAAUUUUUAUGACUAUGUGCAAAUCUUUUAAUUAUAACAUUAAUAUAUAUUAUAAACAAUAUUAUAAACGGUAAUAAACUUUCCCUUCAUGUACGUCAAACGAGUGAACUUUGGACUUAUUGGAAUUCUGAGGCAUCGUACAACAAAUUUCAAAUAAGAAAUGUUUAAAUUCAACAUUGCUGACUAAUAUGUGUAUAGUUUUAUUUGAAAUAUAAUUGCACAAGUAUAGAUCAAGGAAACAACAAAUAAUUAAAUGCGUUCAAAGUUCCUCGCUCGGCAGUUAUGUUCACACCUGUAGCGUUACAAGCUUAACGAACAGAAGCGAACCGGCACCGAUGAAGAGACGACCGGCGAGGAAAUUGUCUUCCUUUCACCUCCACCACUGCAUCGGGAUCUUGCGCGGGACCGGCGUCGCGAAGGACUGGAAACGCGCCCGCGGUUCCGGUUGGUGGGGUCCAACAUCGGUUAGUGGCAUGUCCCACGAAGGUGCUGGCAGUAUGAGAGACGACCCAUGAAAGUAACAGUGCGCCUUCCGUCUACCUUCGCUGGGCUUGUAGCGCGAUCGCCAGAUAGACGCUGAGCCAGUCGUACGCUCAUCGUCUUGGAGAACGGUACUCGCGCCUCGUCCCGCAGGUACCAAUAGUCUCUGCCGUGUCGUUGACAGAUACAAGGUCGCGAGUGCAACGGCGAUCACGUUUCGCCGCUGUGGACCCGCUGUGCAUCUCGAGCGGAUGUACCUGACGCACGAUAUGUGCAAGCUGAGGCCCUCCUGACUGAAGAUUGUGACCAAAUCACCGGGGGAUUAGACCAAACGACAAACAUGGACUGGAAGGUGCGAGCGGCGUGGCUGAUUCUCUGCUUGGGAAUUCUGCUUGCGAUGGUACAAGAUGGAAUCGCCGAACGUAGAAUUGUCUGUUAUUACACGAAUUGGUCGGUAUACCGACCCGGCACGGCGAAAUUCUCUCCUCAAAACAUAAAUCCAUAUCUUUGCACUCACUUGAUCUACGCUUUCGGAGGUUUCACGAAGGAAAACGCACUGAAACCGUUUGACAAGUAUCAAGACAUCGAGAAAGGCGGAUAUGCGAAAUUUACGGGUUUGAAGACCUACAAUAAGAACUUGAAGACGAUGCUGGCGAUCGGUGGCUGGAACGAGGGCUCCAGCAGAUUUUCACCGAUGGUGGCCGAUCCCGCGAGACGGCGGGAGUUCGUCAAGAACGCCGUCAAGUUCCUCAGGCAGAAUCAUUUCGACGGCCUCGAUCUCGACUGGGAGUAUCCGGCUUUUAGAGACGGCGGAAAGCCGCGAGAUAAAGACAAUUACGCCAACCUGGUGCAGGAACUUCGCGAGGAGUUCGAGCGGGAGUCCUCGAAGACCGGGAGACCGAGAUUGUUGCUGUCGAUGGCGAUGCCCGCCGGUGUCGAGUACAUUGACAAGGGUUACGACGUGCCCAGACUGAACGAGUACUUGGAUUUCAUCAAUCUACUCACUUACGACUAUCACUCGGCGUACGAGCCCGCCGUUAAUCAUCAUUCGCCGUUGUAUCCUCUGGAGGAGGACAACGAAUACAAUUACGACGCCGAAUUGACUAUCGAUUAUACAAUCAAUCAUCUGCUGGAGAAAGGCGCGUCCGCGGAUAAGGUCAUUCUGGGGAUUCCAACGUACGGUCGGUCGUACACGUUGUUCAAUCAAGAUGCGACCGAUCUCGGAUCGCCAGCGGACGGUCCAGGCACCGAAGGAGAGGCCACACGAGAGAAAGGCUAUCUUGCCUAUUAUGAGAUUUGCGAAAGUCUGGCAGGAUCGGACGAGUGGGAAGUCGUUCAACCAAAUCCCAAAGCUAUGGGACCAUACGCCUUCAAGGGCAAUCAAUGGGUAGGGUACGACGAUGAGGACGUAGUCAAAUUGAAAGCUCACUAUGUGAAUGAGAAGAAAUUAGGAGGCAUCAUGUUUUGGUCGGUAGAUAAUGACGAUUUCCGUGGCAAGUGCCACGGCCGACCUUAUCCAUUAAUUGAGGCCGCCAAAGAAGCGUUACUUACAGAUAAUAGCAGGGAUACGACUGACAAGACAAAAUCAAUAGACAGCCGAAAAAAGACUCGUACUCAAAGUACUCAGAGCAAUACUCGUAAAUUAAGUACAAGCAGUCGAAGAAGUAGCACUACAUCGGCUCCGAUCAGCAAACGUGUGUCUUCUUCAAGACCAAAAUACCGUACCAAUUCACAAGCGAGCAAGGAGGAGCAGGAUGAUCGGGAGGUAUCGAGGAGAUCGUAUGAUCCGUUAUCGAACGAGGACACAGAGGGUAGAAACACCGUGACAGUCACAGAGAAAACCGAACGACCGAAAAAUCGAAACAGAAGUAAAACGCGAAGCGGCACUACUGACAGCACUCGCAGCACUCGUAGAAAGCCGUCCAGGCGUAAGGGACAAAGCAAGACUAACGAGAACGAGGAAUCCUUGAGCAACAAGCUGACGACUCCCGAGCCACCAACCACACCCGAUCCAGGAACUGACUUUAAAUGCGAAGACGAAGGUUUUUUCCCACAUCCUCGAGAUUGCAAAAAGUACUUCUGGUGUCUUGAUAGUGGACCGAGUGGACUUGGCGUGGUUGCUCAUCAAUUUACUUGCCCUUCAGGUUUGGUAUUCAACAAGGGCGCAGAUUCUUGCGAUUAUCCGCGUAACGUAAUUUGUCCUAAGACGAAAACAUCGAUCGUCUCGACCACCAGAUCGCCCAUUACGGCCGCGACAAGUCGAACGACUUAUUUACAUAGUACAACGACUGCAAAAACGGAAACGAAAGAAUACGAUUCGGAGGAAGAUUAUGAGGAGAUCGAGGAAAGCGAGGAAGAAGAAGAAGAAGAGGAGGAAGAGGAAGAGGAAGAGAUAGUAAAGGAAGAACCAAAAACUACCACGACUGCAAAACCACUUGUGUAUAAAACACUCACCAGAAAUAGACCAAGUACGACUACCACCACGACGACUACCACUUCGAAACCAAGUGAACCAGAGAGAGUCAUUGACAAUGAAGAUGAGGAAGAUCCGAAAGUUAUCAAGGAACUCAUCGAUCUAAUCAAAAAAGCUGGCGGAAUAGAAGAGUUGGAAAAGCAACUGCUACUUCAAGAGAAGAAUUCGGACAUUAGAUCGGGCAGUGAAAGCGUUACACCAGCUACGAUUAGUCGCAGUUUAUAUGAGCGUGUAUUGAAUCGUCAGGCGAACAGAAUCGGUAAUCAGCGACCCGUAUUAUCGUCCUCAGAAAUCAGUUACGUGAAUGGACCGGGAAGAGCACAGUUCGAAGGCUUGGAUGAUAUUCCCGAAGUGAAAAGUCUCAGGCGAUCGCAGAAACCUCAAUACGUCACUAUUGAGAGAUCCAAAUCGAUUGCGAAAGAAUCUUCUUCGGAGAAUGAAGAUAUCGACGAGGACGAGGAAGAUGAUAAUACUGACGUAGCUUCUUCUGAGGAGAAAAGCGUCAGUAAUCCGCUAGAAGAUGGCUCGUCCACGCAACGUGUGACGCCAAGUUAUGUGAACAUUCGACGAACACGACUUUCUACCACGACGUCUAGAACUGAGAAUGAUGUGGAAGAAAAAGAAGUAGAAAUCGAGCAGAAAAGACCGACUCGUAGACGACGACCGUUCGUUUCUUCGAGACAAGAUAAUGAAGCAAGCUCUGAAACGCCUAAAUCUUUUCGAACUCGUGGUUCAAGUUUCAGGAAACCAGAGAAGAAGGACGAUUUAAAAAAUACGGAUCGAUCAGCAGAAAAAGAUGAUUCAUCAGCCAAAUCUAGGUACAGCAGCGUACAAAGAUUCAGAAGUACCACUUUGAAAACUUUGAAAGAUUCGCCCAACUUAGCAUCUUUAUUGGAAGUCACCAGCGAAACUACUUUAUCAACGAAACCAAAAGAGUUUACAGAAGUACCUAGGACAACAGCUAGUACAACCGCUUCGUUGUCCACGACGCCUCCAACUACUUCCACUUCCACUGAGGUCAUCACCGUAAUCAGCGUUGAACCGCCGGAAAAUCCAUCUAGCGUUAGUUCUGAAACGGAGAUCAGUCCCACUACUGACACAAUGAAACUGGUGGAAGAUUCGGCAACGGAGAUCCUGUUCACAACGUUACCGGCAGCUAGCAGCAGCUCAAGCCAGUCGACGACGACUACUACAACGACAUUGCCGAGCAGAUUGCCGACGAUUGCCGCGGUGUCGCAACCGCGACCAUUCGGUUUCACCAGGCGAAGAAGCGGGUUAUCAGAAGUGACGACGACGGCAACGACCCCGUUGAGCAGGUCCAAGGUGAGUAUUACAUCGCGAAAUUCCACGCGUCCGUCCAACCCGGGGCGAGCUCGAUUAAGGACGAGACCAGCCAACCGGGUUACCGAGGAGAAGUCGGGGGAUCAUGAAGUGGACACUUCACGCGCGGAGACUUUCACAUCCAGAAACAGGGAUCUUAGCAGAUCGCGCAGUAGGGGAUCCAGCAGGUACACCCCACCGACGUCAAGAUCAAGAACGCAGGAUGUUUCCGCGAGCUCCGUCACAGGUUCCAGGUAUAGAGAAAGAGACAGGACAACAGCUUCGACGACCGUCAGCACCAGCGAUGGCGUUAGAAGACGAUAUCGAAGACCUAGCAGAGUCAACAACGCAGAAUCUGUCAAAGCCAACGAAUUGGAUGACAGUCCGAUAGUCAGGAUAACGCAAGGCAAUUCUGGGAGAAGUUCAUUGCAUCGAUCGCGAUCUGACAAUACUGACGAGGAGAUCGAAAAGAUAACUAAUAUCAGGGUCUUCAGAAAACCGACCGUUAAUCGCGAGCUGUAUGACAGAACGAAGUACACGAGGAAGAGAAACAACGUGGAAGAGUCGGUGCAAAAAGUGAACGACGAAUCAAACCAGAAACACAUCGUAUCGAUAACAUUGGAGUCUCCGAGGACAGACAAUUUUAAUUUGCUGAAUAGCGUCGAUCAAUCAACAGCUACAGUCGACUCAGUCGUUGAAUCGAACACCAUCCAGCCGAUUUAUACCGUGAAAUCGAUCGCGCAAAUUGGAGUGACAACAGUAUCUAGCAACAAAGUAAAUUAUACGAGCGACCGACCCGGGGAUGCUGUCGCCACGACAACCGCUCACAUCGAAGCUCACGAAUUUAAUCCUGACUUGGUGACGAUCUUUUCUACCGAACGUGCCAUUGAUGUCGCGGGAAAAACACCAGGAACGUCAAGAAAGCGGAAAAUAAUCCUAAGAAGAAGACCAAUAUCAUCGAGCACAGCUGCCAACGUUAUUGAAAUAGAAGAAGAGGAAAAACCGCAAGUAUCUCGCAAAUGGAAAGUGAUUAAACGUAAACGUCCACUUCAAGACACCUCGAAGUCAGAAGUUAUUCUCGAGGAUGAAGAAGAUUCAAGUAUUCUUAUAAAAUCAACGACUCCGAUUGGAAGUGAUAAAGGUAUUGAAAAAUCGACAGCUUCCAUCAGUCAAACGGGGAUUACAUCAAUAAACAAAAAUACUGAUGAAUCAUCAAUCGUUACUGGAUUUACGAGGGAAGAUUCAACUCUGACUCUCACGGAAACCACCUUAUCUGUCAAUAACAACCCUGACGGUUUCACGAAAGUUACUUUGGAGACUCCCACAACUGAAACCACAACGAUAUCACCCGAAGGAGCUAAAGAUAAUACAGCCAUAUCGACAAUUAACACAGAUGCCGACGAGAAUCAUCAGUCAACAAUUGAAAUGGGUACUGAAACUACAAUGGAAUCAACAUUAGCGACGGUUUAUGACACUGAAAGCAACAUGUUUUUAAAAGAUACUUCACCACCGCCUACCGAAACUGAAAAUUUAUCUACUACUCGCGUACAAGCAACUACCACACCGCUCACAACGGAAUUGGAUUCAUCAACCGCAAAAUCAACCCUCGGAUUGAGAUACGCGCGUAGAAAGUCCAAUCGCAAGAGUUCGUCUUCAGAGAACGUGACCGACCAAUAUUCUCUGCUAUCAUCAACGGAAAACAACAGAGACGAGAUUCUCUCGAGACGCAGGAAUAACUUGUUUAUCCGACGUCAUCCGGUUUCUUCUAGUACCGCCAAUACACUUCUCGAUGAUCUUAAUUAUCAGGCGGGAAAAGAACAGGAAAAGGAAGGAGAUACGGAAGGCAGAAUCCGUGACGUGACUGGACAAGGCAGUGCAGAAGAUACGACUCUGAGAAGCAAGUCGACGAAUAGCUUUUCAGAUGACUCUGUAGAAUUUUGGAAACAUUACACCACAACUUCGUUAACAGGCCAGAUAAAUCAUCCUUCAGUUCGUGUCGAAGACGUCGAUGAUCGUGAAGUCACGGAGUUCACGGAAGACAACACGUAUCGGCCAACAUCGAUUGCCACCCGCAGACCUGAGAUUCGGCCACGGUACAAGGUUCCUGUAAUCUUGAAGAGGCCGUUCGAUCCCGAAGAGGCUCUAUCACCCAGACGAUAUUCUCCGUUAGAUUCCGCGCCUGAAGAAUCCGAGACACCGGAAACGAGAGAAGCGAAACUGAGGCAAGCUUCCGACUUCCGGCAGCCACGAACGCGUUACAAGAUUCAAGACAACGUUAAGCUCGAGGAGGAGACCACGCAGCCGAGUCCGGAAUUUACGAGCACCUGGCAGUACGCCUUUAGAACGCGUUCGUAUCCGAAACGACUGUCGACCAACACGGAAGCGGUCACGGAGACCCUGAUACCGGCAAAAAAAUUCGAUUACGUCGCGGAUGCCUUCCACCGGAAGCAACAGUCAUUGAGGACAACGACACCGAGGGGUAACGAUGCUUUCGACUCGCAAAACCUGAUUGAUCCAUAUAAUUUACGUAGCACGACGGUGAAGCCAUCCGUCACUCGGUUGGUCACCUCGGUAACGGAGUCCGGCACCACGGAGCGACAGAAGAUUCUCAUCAAGACCAAGUACUCGUCGCUAACGUCGACCACGAGAAUACCAGCGGAUCGGUUUCCCUUAACGACUCCGCUGUCAGUCUCGGUGACUGGAGUCGACGAUGACGAAUCUGCCAACGAAAUACGUCAGGGUAUCGAGCGGUCCACCCUGCCGAUCGAGGGCGAAUUCAACUAUCGUUACGAUGACCGAUUCACUACAGAGUCUCACGAGUCCUCGACUAUCGAGAUCGAGUCGGUGUUCAGUAAUCUGAUCGCUGGCAAAGGUCCCGCGAACGCGCUGCAUUAUUCUGAUUUUCAGGUCGCCGAUUCGGGAGUUAUCAGGUUGCCGACCUUGAAGGAACUGAUCGGCUAUCCGACGACUUACUACGACGAUCGUAGCGCUACGGUGCCGUCGUCCGUACUCUUGCACUUGCUGCGCAACGACGUGGGUAACGACAUUAGCCAGCAGAACGUCGAGGAGUCGUUGAGAGGAACAGACAAACAGACACCAGAGAUCGAGAAAGAAGUUGCUCAGUCAUCGAGAAGCGUGAUCGAGGAAACCGGGGACUUGUGGCUGCAACAAGCCUCGGAGAACAAAGCGAAAUCUCGCGCUCCAAGAAAGGAAGCUGUCACGAACUUUGACGAACAGUUUUCGGUCACAAACACCGUCGAGGGAGGCGAGAGCAAACGAAAGACAUCCACGACUUCGAUCUACUUGAAGCCGACGACAAUGCGCGGUAUCCCUCUCGCCAGUCUUAUUCCCAGUCCGGAAGUAAUGCGUGGAUUCUAUGUCACCAGGAGCGAUGAUGCGCCAUCGAUAUUAGCGGAUAGUUCUACAUCAUCUUACACGACGACUGAUAAUAUUCCCGUCGAACAGCAGACAGAAACCACUUUAAUUCCCGACUUUCCUACGACUGUCACCGUCACUCAGAAUGAUCAAAUCGAAUCAGAUCCCAAUACUUCCGAUAUUGUUAACGGUAAAGGCAUUGAUAUUCGUAAAGAAAUGUAUUCCACGUCUAGUUCUCCAGUCUACGCGAAAGAUUCUGAUAACACUGAGAAUCUCCCGAAUCACGAACAAUUUGACUUAAUCACAAUUUCAGCGUCCAAAAGAGGAAAAUUAUUGUCUAAUUUUGCUAAUAAUACGACAUCUCUUGCUAAUGCUCAUGUCGUUUCUUCAACAACGCCGACAAGACGACGAAUCGCUCUCGCUGUGAACAAGUACAACGAAGCCAGCGCACCAAUGUGGACGGGUAGACGUAUAGUGGCAAGGAAAAGAAAUAGAACUGUUUCGCCAAUCAAGGACGCCAUAAGACAAAUCGAAAACAAUUCUGUUCACGUUACGACAAAUUCUUCCCCAACUACUAAGGUCGCUUCGACUCUGACCUCAAGAAUUUUAAGAAGACGGAAGAAACUUCCCACGAUCUCGACAGUACCGACAAUACCAAUUCCUCUGAUCGUGCCAGAUUCCACGGCAUCUCCUGAAAUUUUAAACGUUCACAAUAAUUCUAACGACACGAAAAUCGGAAACUUGGAAAGCUAUACAACUGUAAAAGCGUUAACCUUGGAAAACUUGGUAAUCGCAGCGAUAUCUUCGACCUCAAAAAUCAUUCCGACCACAAAUGAUCCCAUUACUGUUGAUAUUUCAACGUUUUCAGAUGAUUAUACAACCACGACAGUUCCUACAGUUGCAAAUGCACCUAUCAUAACAACGCCAUCGAUGAUCGCGGUUACAAAAGCACCCACAGUUGCAAGUAAUGCUGUCAUCACUACACCUGCAACAAGUGGAGUUGAAACUACUCUAAAUUAUUCCAUAACUGUUAAUCCACCAAUCAAGAAUACAAACGGAAUUCUAUCUGAUUCUACAGUUACGACUGUAGCAAGCAUUGAAACUGAAACCACUCCUGAAAAUGUAAAUUCCGUAGUUUCAGAGACUACGCAGACAACUGCAAAUAAUCCUGCAAUUAUAACUGAACCUACAGAGAACACCGAAGCCGAAAGUACAUUCACGACAAAUUAUUCUACGAUCAUGAUACCGGUAACUGCUAAUACACAGGGAAUUGUAACUAAUUCUGCAAAUAUAACUACAGUUACAUAUGCUGAUGUUGACACUGCUUCUACAAUUGCAAGUGAUUCUACAAUUCCAACAACUAUAAAUACGCAGGAUAUUAUAACUGAUGCAGUUUCAAUCAUACCUGCGAGUACUGAAAUUGAAACAUCUUCCAUGAUAGAAAAUUCCACAUUUACUACUAUAGCAAUUAAGAAUACUGCAACAAUUCCCGUUACUACAGUUACUUCACCAUUAACAACGGUCAUUUCUCCAACUAUGGACACGCAAGAUAUACGUACAACUGCAGCUGUGAUAAUAAGUAAUUUUUCAGAUGCAAAUGCUGUAACGGAAAAUAUAACAAUUACGACUACGCCUCUCAGUGUAAUUAUUCCAACAAGUAGUGAUCUUAAUGUAAUUACACCAUCUGCAGAUGCGAACAUUCUUUUUACAUUAACAACUAAUAAGAUUCCGCCAACUACGAUUCAAUCUAGAAUUAGUUCUACGACUUUGUCAAAAACUCCUAUUACGAGCACAGUUACAACUUCAACGAGUUCAACUGCUUCCAUAACUUCAGCAACCGAAUCUUCUACACUACAUCCCGCAAAUUCAAGUAAUCUUGAUAAUAGCAACAACUCCGAUGUUUUAAUCGUCACCGCAACUGCAGAGUCUACUCAAAUUCCUGAAAUUACGACUGUCGAAAUUCCAUCGAUAUUUAUCUCAACAGCGACCGCAUUUCCAAAGCUUCUUAAUACAAAUUUUGAAGAAGCAGUAACAGCUGCAUCUUCAACUCAAGAGAAUAAAAGUUUCUCGACACAAAUGGUCACUCAAACUCCUUCAACCUUUCUUUCAAUCGCAUCAUCAACUACUAACAAAGCGACUGUAGCUUUAGAAAGAUCUACAACUUCUACGACGUUCUUUACCACUUUUGGUGAAUCCAUUGCAACAAAUCCUAUAAUUCAAACAACUACAAAUGUUUAUGAACCAGAUUUUGUACGAACAAUAAGUGAAAAGUCUAUAAUACCAGAGCAAAGUACAAGUUUCAAAGAACCUGCGGAAAUACAAAUUCAAACUAAAGAUCGAGCAACAAACAACAACAAGUCGAGUUCUGCACAAACAAUGAGUGACGAUUCUACAACUUCAAAGAUAAAAAUAGCAUCUGAAGAAGCUAUUUCAAAAGCUACAAAGAGUCGAGAACACAAUCAAACAACUUCGGAGCUUAACACAAUCAAUUAUCAAUUCAAUUCAAAAACUGCCAGACGUCGCGUUCUAAAUCGGACGAAUAAUUGGCUUGGAAGUCCUCUGACGGUGCAAAGGACCAACCAAUAUCCUCAACCUAACCAUCGGGCUACAUAUCGUGGACGAACACGAUCAAAAUCUCCUUAUACUUCGUCUUCGAAAGUGAUUGAGAGGAAUCGUAGAAGAAGAAUCAGAGUUAAUUCUGAAGCGUUCAAUAGCACUAUUAGUCUCAAUCAGGAUACCGUCGAUGUUCAGAAUACUACAAAAGAUUAUGUUGCAUAUGAUCAAAUGGAAAAUGUAGAAAGAAUGAAAGUUGUAAAGAAAGUUAAAGAAAGAAUCGAAGAAACGACUACCGUUUUACCUAUAGAAGAAACCACUUUAGUUAUUACGACAUUAGAUCAGUCUAUUGCUAUUGAGAAUAAAACGCUUCAAAUUCAUCAUGUCAAUGAAAAUGUCGAAGAAAAAAAGGCAGCACUAAAAAAGACAAAACAAUCUCAAGAAAGCUUUAUAACGAAAGAAUCCAGUGUCAAUUCUAGUUUCCUGAAUGAGAAUCUUUCAAAUAAUUCUCAAAGUAAUCUUUAUGUGACCGAAAAUUUUUCUGAGUUAGAAAAAUCAGAAAAGAUAAUGAAAGUUAUAUUGAAAGAUACUGAAUCUAAAUCUGAGGGAAAAAAUCCAAUCGAAAAAACAAAUGUAAAUUCUGAUUCUGUUAAUACAAAUCUUCAAGACAAUUUUCAAAAAAACCUUUAUGAAGAUAAGAAUAAUUCUAACAAAAGAACCACAGGAAGAAGAAUGAGAGUUGUAUUAAAAAAUGUCAGGCCUAAACCUGAAGAAAAGAUUUCUUUAAUUAAUGAAACAAAUGCGGAUUCUGAUUCUGCCAAUAAAAAUCUUCAAAAUAACGUUUUAAAUAAUUUUAACAUAAGUCAGAAUUUUGCCAAUAAAGAAAAAACAAGAACGAGAAUGAGAGUUGUUUUAGACAGAGCUAAAUCUAAAUCCCAAGAAGAAGAGACAACGAAUGAAGAAGUCAGUGCCGAAUAUAAUUCUAAUGAAAGUCUUCAAGGUACUUUUUCAAAUAAUUUUUAUAGCGCUAAGAACUUUCCCUUUAAAUAUGGAACCAGAAGAAGAAUGAGAGUUGUAUUAAAGAGCGUUAAACCCAAGUCUGAGGAAAAGAAUUCAACACUUGAAGAAGCAAUUGUAGAUCCUGCUUCCACCAAUAAAAGUCUUCAAGACAAUUUUUCAAAUAAUUCUCGAAAUGACAAGAACCUUUCCAUCGAACGUGGAACUAGAAGAAGAAUGAGAGUUGUAUUGAAGAGUGUCAAACUUACAUCUGAGGAAAAUAAUUCAACAAUUAAAGAAACGACUGUAGAUCCUGCUUCUACCAAUAAAAGUCUUCAAAGUUCUUUUUCUAAUAAUUUUCACGGAGAUAAAAAUCUUUCCGUCAACCAUGGGAUUAAAAGAAGAAUGAGAGUUUUAUUGAAGAGUGUCAAACCCAAGUCCGAGGAAAAAAACUCAACAAUUGAAGAAACAAGUGUAGAUUCUGAAUCUAUCGAUAAAGAUCUUCAAGGUAGUUUUUCAAGUAACUUUUACAUGAAUAAAAAUCUUUACGACAAAGAAGAGGCACGAAGAACGAAAAUUAUAUUAAAGGGCGUCGAACCUAAAGAAAGAGACUCAGUAGCUGAAGAAACAAGUGCAGAUUCCGACUUUGCCAGAAAUGACACUCAAAUACUUCACACGUUCAAGUUUUUACACUUUUCAAGUAAUCUUCAGAUGAGCGAUAAUCUUCCAAACAAAACAAAAAUAAUGAAUCAUUCUAAAUCCGAAGAUGAGAAGGUGAUGACCGAACGGCCGGAAGACAUGGAGCCGCAGACUACGGGGACGUCUGUUCCGGUCAAGGAGGACACUGAUCGACCUUCGUUCGAGGUGACGAAUAGUGGAUCGAUUAAUCACAAUUCAGGAAGCGGAUACUCAAACAGACACAGAAAACCAACGCCAUUCACGACAACCGCUCCGCAAAUAACCAACACUUUGUCGAAUACAUUGUUCGUUCAUCGAAGAGGUAGACCACCAGCCGAGACCACCUUGUCAUCAAGGAUAGAUUUCGUGGACUCGUUCGAGGACACCGAAUACGUCAAGCCGGCCACCGUCUUGCACGAUCAGAAUGCAGACGUGUCCGACCAAAGCAUCCGCGCCCAAGAAUUCGCGGUGACGCUGUCGGACCCGCCGUCCUCGUCGUCGGACAUUGGUCAAACGCCGUUAAGGGACGCCGAUAGGCGCAAGAUAAGCACCACCAUAGCACCUAGAACCGACCCUACGACCAGUAGGACGGUCUCGAGGUACGAUACAAACUUUCGAAGCCGCCAGAGACCUCGGACGAAAGACAGGCCAACAGUGAACGCGACCACAAGGCCCAGAAGACCGCCGGUGGUUGACUACGAUUAUUACGAGGACGAAGCGCCGAUCAUCGUCGGGAAGUCCGUUCUUAAUAGUAAACUCUUUCUCACAAAUAAGGGUACCAUAAGGUGCCUGGACCAGGGCAAUUUUCCGCAUCCGUACUCGUGUAAGAAAUUCAUCACCUGCGCCCCUACGGUGAAUGGCCAGGUGAUCGGAACCGAAUACACCUGUCCUGACAAACUGUCCUUCGAUCCGGUCGGCGGUAUCUGCAAUUGGUCCGCCGGUCUCGGUUGCAAGGAUUAAUCAAAGGUUCGCUCUAAUCACUCGACAGUCCAAUGUGAAAAAAUUAUAUUAGAUUUUAUUGCCCCCUGAGUUCACUUUAAUUUGAUAAAUUUAAAAUCUUUGUCUUUAUUAUUAUCUAUUAUGGCGAGAUUACAAAAAGACUUAAAAAAAGGUAAAUUAAGUCAUAUUAAAUUAAGUUUAAUUUGAAAUGUUGACUUUAUUUUUUGUACUUGUUCGGGUAGUAUAAAGUUGAAUACGGUAAUUUUAUAUUUACUCAGCAUAGAGUAUACAAUUCCUGCUUAUACAUAUUUAAAUAAUACACCUUUUUAUUUAAUUCCGUCAUAUGUAGGAUAUGUUUGAGAAAAUAAUAUGACUGUCGAGUGGUUAAGAUUAUCAUUACAAAAUUUCAAAAGAUAAAUUUUUGGCGAAUUUACUUGGUUUAAAAAUUAAAAGAGAGAAAAGAAAUUUCUAAAAAUCUCGUAAAAUAAAUGUCUAUAAAAAUUAAUUCACCUCUUUUCAGAUACAGUAAUGCAUGAAAUAUUAUUUCUUUAGACUCAAACUUUACUGUCAUUGUUAAAUGAUAAACAAAAAUAUUCGACAAAAAAAUCAUCGUUUAUAUUACUAGAUACAAUAUAUAGAAUUAUAAUGACGAAACAAGCGUGAAGUAAUUGAAUUAUUCGUUCAAGGAGACUUGAAUUGAUAUUGAUCAGAAGACCAUAAGAAACUGCACCCGUUCCUUCUUCAUUAAAAAAAAUAUUUUUUCAUUUUUGGCUAGUAAUAUUUUAAUACAUAACAUAUAUCAAGUAGAAUUUUUCAUCUUUCUCAAGGACUUUCGUAUAAAGUUAUUCUACUUAAAAAAUUUUCUUUUUACUUUUUACUAGUAGUAAGUCUCUAGUGGUCUUUCUAAAGAAACCGAUUCACUUACGGUCGUUAACUACAAAGACUAUUUUCAGGCAAUCAUUCCGAUAAAAACGUAUUUCGUUAAUUUAUUGUACGCCCGUGCAAUAGCCAUAUAAUCGAGCGAAAACGCAGAGCGGUGAUAUUAUCAUUAAAGUCUCUUUGUGUAAAUAUUAAUAGUGUUAUAGAUAAGUAGUAUAUAUAUAUAAGAUAAGCGUACUUUUUGUGGACGCUAAUUUAUCUGUAAAUUUUUUCAAUUAAGUCCUUUAUUUAGUAAAGAGGAGGGGAGGUAUGUCCACCUAAUAAAAAAAAAAAUAUGAUAAAUCUUAUUCGACUUUGAUGGGUGUCGAAUAUAUCCAAUCUAUAUGUAUCGAAGACUUUUGUACGUGAAAUAAAAAUAUUGUUUAACCACACACAUACACGUGUGUUGUAAAUUUUCUGCGAAAAUGGAUUGUAAUAAAGGUAAUAUAAAAUCAAAUAUUAUUAAUUUAAA